AUGGUUGGGGCUGGAGCAGGUGAAACUUGCCGCUCUAGGUACUUCCAAACAACUCUACCUGCUGGACAAUAUUGUGAUGUUUAUAAUGGUCGUUUAGAAAAUGGAAAUUGCACAGGAAAGAUCAUCAAUGUCGGAAGCAACGGAAUAGCUCACAUAGUUAUCGACAGCAAGGCGGCUGUUGCUAUCUCGUUGGCUUCAAAGAUUGGCCCACCACUUCCGCCAGAACCAGAACCAACGCAGAAGCCUAUUGAUCCUAAGGAACUUACCAAGACCGUAAUCUUCCUCAAACGAGACACCUCUCUGGGGGAGAACAUUUUCCUUCGCGGUGGAAACAGCCACGCUCACGGUGGAGGUAUCAAACGAAAAGUUCCAGCUUGCGCAGAAGGGCCAUAUCAACAGCCAUAUGACAAAUGCGCAAUCCCAAUGCUUCACCAAACAAGAGUACCCUACAACUAUUUCGAGUACAAAUCAUGGAGCCAAGGCGACAGCUACCUCGACUUUGAAGGUCCUGAGAUAGACCAAGGUUUGCUAUCUUAUAUACAGGUAUGAGC